AUGUCGAUGUCGAAAUCUUCAUACUCGCAAUAUAAUCGUAAAAACUGGGAAGAUUCGGAUUUUCCGAUUCUCUGCGAGACAUGUCUCGGUAACAAUCCGUAUAUGAGAAUGAUGAAAGACAAACACGGAAGAGAGUGCAAAAUCUGCGAGCGCCCAUUCACAACCUUCAGAUGGCAACCAGGAAAGGGAGCCAGAUACAAGAAUACCGAAUUGUGUCAGACGUGUGCUAAAGUGAAGAAUGUUUGUCAGACGUGCAUGUUCGAUUUGGAAUAUGGUCUGCCUGUUCAAGUUCGCGAUCACGAAUUACAAAUCGCGGACAAUAUUCCGAAACAAGGCGCUAAUCGUGAUUUCUUCUUGCAGAAUGUUGAACGAACUCUUGGUCAAGGGGAUGGAACUCAACCGAUCGCCCAAAUUGCCAAUAACAUGGAUCAAGCUGCUCAUGAUCGUCUUCGUAGAAUGGCUCGCUCCCAGCCAUACUAUAAACGAAACGCUCCUCACAUUUGUUCUUUCUUCGUCAAAGGAGAAUGCAAGAGAGGAGAAGAGUGUCCAUAUCGUCACGAGAAGCCCACAGAUCCAGAUGAUCCAUUGUCACGCCAGAACAUUCGUGACCGUUACUAUGGAUCGAACGAUCCAGUCGCUGAGAAAAUUCUCAAUCGUGCUGCUGCUGCACCGACUCUCUCUCCUCCAGCAGAUACUACAAUCACGACACUGUACAUUGGAAAUUUGGGACCGUCUGGAGCACAACAAGUUACCGAGAAAGACUUGAAUGACUUUUUCUAUCAAUACGGAGAUAUUCGCUGUCUUCGUGUUCUUACUGAAAAAGGGUGCGCGUUUAUUGAGUUCACAACUCGUGAGGCUGCAGAGAGAGCUGCUGAGCGAUCGUUCAACAAGACAUUCAUCAAGGGAAGACGUUUGACAAUCAGAUGGGGAGAACCACAAGCGAAAAGAGCAGCGGACAACUCAAAUUAUGUUACUCCAGUACCAUCUGUGCCUAUUCUUCCAAUUCCUGAUGGACUCGCUCCUUCAACGUCUUCUCAACAGAGAUUCACUGGAUCGAUGCCACGCCCACCAGCACCACCUACAUUCGCGGCUCCAACUCGUCUCGUUGUUCCAAAUGUUCGUCCGGUAAAAGCUGGAGAACCGAGUUCGUCAUCGUCGUCGAUCUACUAUCCAAGUCAAGAUCCGACUCGUCUUGGAGCUAAAGGAGACGUCAUUGAAUGA